AAGAGCUGUUAGAAACAGGAAACCUCUGAAUGAAAAACUUGAAUUCAAUUUCAUACAUCAAGAGCAGAGAGAGAAACAAUCUUUUUCUCACUUUCUACAUUAUAACAUCCAGGGCCUAAUGUCAGAAAGAAAUCAUUCCAGAGUGACUGAGUUCAUCCUUGCCGGACUCACAGACCAGCCAGAGCUGCAGCUGCCCCUGCUUCUCCUCUUCCUUGGCAUCUGCCUGCUCACAGUGCUGGGGAACCUGGGCAUGAUCAUCCUGAUCCUGCUCAGCUCCCACCUGCACACCCCCAUGUACUUCCUACUCAGCAGUCUGUCCUUCAUUGACCUCUGUUAUUCCACUGUUAUUACUCCCAAGAUGCUGCCAAACUUUGUGACAAAGAAGAAUGUCAUCUCCUAUGAGGAAUGUAUGACUCAGCUCUAUUUCUUCCUUGCAUUUGUUACAUCUGAGUGUCACAUGUUGGCUGCAAUGGCAUAUGACUGCUAUGUUGCUAUUUGUAAUCCCUUGCUCUGCACUGUCACCAUGUCCUACCAAGUCUGUUCCUGGAUGGUGGGUGGGGUGUAUGGCAUGGGCCUGAUCGGUGCAGCGGUUCACACCCUCUGCAUGCUAAGAGUGGUUUUCUGUAAGGCUAAUGUAAUAAACCACUACUUCUGUGAUCUUUUACCCUUGAUGGAGCUUGCCUGCUCCAGUACGUAUGUCAAUGAGGUAGUACUCCUGUGUCUCAGUGCUUUCAAUAUCUUUAUUCCAACCCUGACCAUCCUGGGUUCUUACAUCUUCAUCAGAGCUAGCAUCCUCCAGAUCAAAUCCACUGAGGGAAGAUUCAAAGCCUUCAGCACUUGCAGCUCCCACUUCUCUGCAGUGGCUGUCUCCUUUGGUUCCCUGGCAUUCAUGUACCCACAGCCCUCCUCAGUCAGCUCCAAAGACAAAGGCAAAGUGUCCUCUGUGUUUUAUACAACAGUUGUGCCCAUGCUGAACCCCAUGAUCUACAGCCUGAGGAAUAGGGAUGUCAAACUUGCUCUAAGUAAGUUACUUCAAAAAAACGACGGGCCGUGUGUAAAGACAUAUUUGCCAUAG